CUUAUGUAAACAUACAUAGUACAUGAAUAUAAUGAUAAGAGAUUUAAUUAUUGAUUAUUGAUUAUUGUUAUUAUAGAGGGUAGGUGAAGAGGCUAUAUAAGAAGAUGUUUGCAUGUUGUUAUGUUAAGUUGAGUUGAGACCAAAAAACAAAAGAGUAGAAAACAAAAAGGGCUAGAUGGCUGCUUUCUAGAUUGUUUUCUCAUUUGGUUGGUUGUUUUUUUAUAUCUAGCAGCUUUGAUCAGUUCAUUGAUUCAUAAUCAUAAUCAUCAUCAUCAACAUCAUCAUCAUCAUGGCUUCUUCUAACAGACACUGGCCAAGCAUGUUUAAGUCUAAGCCUGCCUGCAACCCUCAUCACCAAUGGCAACAUGACAUCAACUCCUCUCUCAUCUCUUCUUCUUGCCAUAGAACCCCUUACUCUUCAGAAGGUUGUGAAGAGAGGAGUCCAGAGCCAAAACCAAGGUGGAAUCCAAAACCAGAACAAAUCAGAAUAUUGGAAGCAAUAUUCAACUCAGGUAUGGUGAAUCCACCAAGAGAUGAAAUAAGGAAGAUAAGAGCACAGUUACAAGAGUAUGGUCAAGUUGGUGAUGCCAAUGUUUUCUAUUGGUUCCAAAACCGCAAAUCUAGAAGCAAACAUAAGCUUCGCCAUCUUCAAAACCAAAACUCUUCAAAGAAUCAACAAAAUAUUCUAAACCAAGAACCACCAACACAACAACAAAACCCUAAUCCUAUUUCAUCAUCACUUCCUCAAAUCACUCCACCUUCAUCUUCAUCAUCUUCCUCUGAGAAAUCACCACCAAAAGAAAUAAUACCAUCCAAAGUUUUUUCUCUUGGAUUCUCUAACAUCAAUGAUGUUGUGCCUAAUUCUCCAACUACUUCUGUGAACCAAACAUAUCUUCAUUCUCAAAAUGAAACAACUCUUCUUCCACCACCACCACAACAACAACAAGUAGCUUCUGCAACAAAUGAAACUAAUUUCUUCUUUCCAAUGCAACAGCAUGGACAAGGAAUAGUGCUACCUAACAAUGUUGUUACAUCACAAGGGUUUUGUUUCUCUGAACUCUCUAACAUGGUUCAUGCUCAACCACACAACACUGGUCAUUGCACUAGUUUUCUUCUUAGUGAAAUCAUGAACCAUGGUGCUAAUUCCUCAAAGAAAGAUCAAGAUCAGGAUAAUAAGUCUGUUAAAAUAAUGCACCAAAUUCCACACUUUAACUUUUGUUUCACUCCCACAACUAGUACUACUACUGUUGUACCUCCUACUACUUCCUCCACCAUCACUGUUCCAUCCCCCAUCAUUUCUCAUGCUCAAGGGCAUGGAGAAACAGGUGUUACAGCAGCAAGAUCAAUGGUGUUCAUUAAUGAUGUUGCGUUUGAGGUAGCAUCUGGACCUUUCAACGUUCGUGAAGCAUUUGGUGAUGAAGCUGUACUCAUCCAUGCCACUGGUCAACCUGUUUUAACUAACCAAUGGGGUGUCACUCUCCAAUCACUCCACCAUGGUGCAUGUUACUAUCUGAUAUAGGAAAAAAGAAAGGUGAAGGAAGGGUGAUUGAGUAAAAUGAGGCUUUAUUAUAUAUUAUUUAUGGUGUGUUUUUAUAUUUUGAUGAGUUUGUGGUUUGUUCUUUUUGUUAUGUUUUAUCACCGUACGUGUGUGUUACUGCUAUUAGGAUUAUUGAAUAGGGUUUGUAGACAGACACUGCUCAUGAGUAUGAAUGACUUCAGAUGGUUCAAUCUAUAUGUGAUGUUCCAAUCCAACUAUGGAUAUAAUCAUCACUUUGUUGACCUAAAUACUUAAGUAUGUAACUUUUAUUUUUCUCCUAUGUUAGUUUCAACUCAACUAUAUUACUAUGUUAAAUGUUAUGAUAUGAAGGUUAUUAGUUAUGGAUGUGUUU